ACUUAGAAGGUCAUGUCUCAGCUGUGCAAGCUAGAAAAGUGGCCAGCAGCUAGCUGACACUGACAGGCACACUGCACCAGACAGCUAGCCUUUAGCACCAGUUUCAUUCAGCUAACUACUGCAAACAUGCAGGAAUGGGCGAACCAAUUAUGCGAGAAUCGACAAUUUGGAUCGAAGAUGACGGACUCCAAGUACUUCACCACUACCAAGAAAGGGGAGAUCUUUGAGCUCAAGGCAGAGCUAAACAGUGAUAAGAAAGAGAAGAAGAAGGAGGCUGUGAAGAAGGUCAUUGCAUCUAUGACAGUUGGCAAGGAUGUCAGCGCUCUGUUCCCAGAUGUUGUGAACUGCAUGCAGACGGACAACCUGGAGCUGAAAAAGCUGGUCUACCUCUACCUGAUGAACUAUGCCAAGAGUCAGCCAGACAUGGCUAUCAUGGCUGUUAACACUUUUGUAAAGGACUGUGAAGACCCGAACCCUCUAAUCCGGGCGCUUGCUGUUCGUACAAUGGGCUGCAUCCGUGUGGACAAGAUCACUGAGUACCUCUGUGAGCCACUGAGGAAAUGUCUGAAGGACGAAGACCCAUAUGUGAGGAAGACGGCCGCUGUGUGUGUGGCAAAGCUCCAUGAUAUCAACGCCCAGUUGGUGGAGGACCAAGGCUUCCUGGACACCCUUAAGGACCUCAUCUCUGACUCUAACCCCAUGGUUGUAGCAAACGCAGUGGCAGCGUUGUCUGAGAUAGCAGAGUCUCACCCCAACAGUAAUCUACUGGACCUGAACCCUCAGACCAUCAACAAGUUGCUGACAGCUUUAAAUGAGUGUACAGAAUGGGGGCAGAUAUUCAUUCUUGACUGCCUGGCAAAUUACACACCUCGUGAUGACCGCGAGUCCCAAAGCAUCUGUGAGCGUGUGACCCCACGGCUCUCCCAUGCCAACUCUGCAGUGGUGUUGUCAGCAGUUAAAGUUUUAAUGAAGUUCAUGGAGAUGCUGCCCAAGGACUUGGACUACUAUGGCACCCUGCUGAAGAAGCUUGCCCCUCCGCUGGUCACCCUCCUCUCUGCUGAGCCCGAGUUGCAAUAUGUGGCUCUUAGAAACAUCAACCUCAUCGUACAGAGACGCCCAGAGAUUCUGAAACAUGAGAUGAAGGUUUUCUUUGUAAAGUACAAUGACCCAAUCUAUGUCAAACUGGAGAAACUGGACAUCAUGAUUCGCCUAGCAUCUCAAGCCAACAUCGCCCAGGUCUUGGCUGAGCUGAAGGAGUACGCCACUGAGGUGGAUGUGGACUUUGUGCGUAAAGCGGUCAGAGCCAUUGGCCGCUGUGCCAUCAAAGUAGAGCAAUCAGCGGAGCGCUGUGUCAGCACACUGCUAGACCUCAUCCAGACCAAGGUCAACUAUGUGGUGCAGGAGGCCAUUGUGGUCAUCAAGGACAUCUUCCGCAAGUACCCCAACAAGUAUGAGAGUGUGAUUGCCACUCUGUGUGAAAACCUGGACUCCCUGGAUGAGCCGGAGGCACGUGCUGCCAUGAUCUGGAUUGUGGGAGAGUAUGCUGAGCGCAUUGACAACGCUGAUGAGCUGCUGGAGAGCUUUUUGGAGGGUUUCCAUGAUGAAAGCACUCAGGUGCAGCUGCAGCUACUGACGGCAAUUGUCAAGUUGUUCCUGAAAAAGCCCACUGAGACCCAGGAGCUAGUGCAGCAGGUGCUGAGCCUUGCCACACAGGACUCUGAUAACCCAGACCUCAGGGACCGCGGUUACAUCUACUGGCGUCUGCUCUCCACAGACCCUGUGGCUGCUAAGGAGGUAGUUCUGGCUGAGAAGCCCCUGAUCUCUGAGGAGACAGAUCUGAUUGAGCCCACACUGCUGGAGGAGCUCAUCUGCCAUAUUGGUACUCUGGCCUCUGUCUACCACAAGCCUCCCAGUGCCUUUGUUGAGGGCAGCCGCGGUGUUCAGCACAAGAGACUCCCUGGCAGUGCUGGAUCUGGGGAGAGUGUUGAGAGCCCAGACACAAGUUCUGCUGCUGGACUUUCUGAGGCACCCCCUGCUGUUAUCCCAUCUCAGGGAGACCUCCUAGGAGAUCUGCUUAAUCUGGACCUGACACCUCCCGCCACCACAGGACCAACACCACCCCCGUCCUCUGGCAUGCAGUUGGGUGCUAUGGACCUUCUUGGAGGAGGACUGGACAGCCUGCCGCCCAUUCCCCUGCGGACGGACACUCCUCAGUCACCUCAGCUCCCUCAUCAGUCCCCAUCGCCCCCAGAUUACAGCCCCACUGAGCUUGGCGGAGACCUUGGAGGAAGUCCUGCUAUGGGCGCUGCUUUUGGUGCUCCGCCAGCUGUAAUGCCAGCCUCUUUCAAUGCCCCUGUUAGUGGUGGACUGGAUGACCUGUUCGAUCUCGGAGGUGGCGUUGGUAUGACUAUGGGAGCAUACAGCCCCCCUAAAACUAUUUGGCUUCCAGCCAUGAAGGCCAAAGGUCUGGAGAUAUCAGGCACUUUUGCCCGCCGUGCUGGGGUCAUCCAAAUGGAGAUGACUCUCAGUAAUAAAGCUAUGAGUGUCAUGACUGAUUUUGCCAUCCAGUUUAACAGAAACAGCUUUGGUCUGGCUCCAGCUGGUCCACUCCAGGUUCUAACCCCUCUUAACCCAAACCAGAGUAUUGAAGUGGCUCUUCCCCUCAGUACUGUGGGACCUGUCAUGAAGAUGGAGCCUCUCAGCAACCUGCAGGUGGCUGUUAAGAACAACAUUGACGUAUUCUACUUCAGCUGCCAGUACCCCAUCAGCAUGCUGUUUGUAGAGGACGGGAAGAUGGAGCGACAGGUCUUCCUCGCCACAUGGAAAGACAUUCCUAAUGACAACGAGUCCCAGUUUCAAAUCAAAGACUGCCAUCUCAACUCAGAUGCAGUUUCCAACAAACUGCAGAGUAGCAAUGUCUUCACCAUAGCCAAACGCACAGUGGAGGGUCAGGACAUGCUGUAUCAGUCGAUGAAACUCACUAAUGGCAUCUGGGUGCUGGCUGAGCUCAGGGUGCAGACAGGAAACCCAAACUACACAGUCUCUCUGAAGUGCAGAGCUCCAGAGGUUUCCCAGUGUGUGUUCCAGAGCUACGAGGCAAUACUGAAGAACUGAAAACACCCCAACAUGGACCCGGCCGCUGCCCUCACAGAAUCCUGGCACCUUCUCCCUCACCUGACCGAUGAACCAUGUUACAAGCUCACGCAGUGCGAGAGCCACUUCGUGCUGUGUGGGGCCUGGAGGCUGCACUCUGUAUGUCAUCCAGCAGUUUAAUUAGGAUGGUUAAUAAUGACUUCUGUCCCAUUUUGACCCAUGAUAGUUUUUUAUUAUUAUUCUUAAGACUGCAGAAAAGUCUGGUUCACUGUCUUGGCUAUCUUGUCCCCUCUUGUAUGUUCAACACACAUUUCAGUUUCUUCCCUACCUGAGCCAUCAUGUCAUGACCUUCAUUCUUUUGGAGGCAGACAGCUGUAUGACUUGCAUUCCUGUGACUGUUUUCUCUGCUAGAGGCUCUUUAAUCAUUAUCUGGCCCCACUUCUCUGCAAAUUAGUGUCUAUUUUUAGCGUCUCCAAUCAGCAGGUGAAUCAUCACUGUCGGCGCAUUUAUUUGGGGUACUUUCAAAUGCGGCAGAAAAAGGCUUUAACUCUCCUUACCCCUUGUCCGCUUGUGGGAAGUGGAAGGUGGCUGUCUGCGCCUUUUUAGAAGAGACUCAUAAAAAACUACAUUAUUGUUGUCUUUGUCAUUUUGUAGAGUUUUCUUGAGUGUCUGUGGUUAGCAGUGGGAUCAGAUCCUCUGCUGUCUCUGAAAGCAGAAUGUCUGAUGUGUGCGCGUGGAAACUGUUUGUGUGUGUGUUUCUUUUGUUUUGACAGAAUUUCUGGAGUAGCAGCGGUUGUCCACUGCCUGCUCUCUUAUGAAGUCAUUCCAAGGUUUAAUUUGUGUUGUAGUCUUGUUUGGUGUACAUGUGGCACACUGAGAGAGAGCCUCAGGUGUUGAGGAUUUUGUAUUUGCUGCUUCCACCUGCGUCAGUGACGGCCGCCUGGGCUCUCUCUCUUUCUCUCUCUGUGCCACUUUGCUCUCUCUGUAUCCUCAUUGCAGCUUUCAGAGUACCGUGGCCACCUGAGAUGAAGGCUCAGGUGAGAUUACUCUUGUGUUGUCAUGGUUUGUAACACUUCUAAGUAAUAAGUGUACAUGUAGGUACCACACGGUCUUAGCUUACAGAAGGCUAGAACAACAUCCAGUGUCCCUGUUUUACCUGCAGACUCGACUAGUUUAAUUGUUCACCCUCCCCGAGUUAGUACACUGAAGCCCUUUUUAUCGGCUCUACAGGAUGUUUGCAUCUCUUUUAACACCUUGUAAAGAGAGGUGGCUGUGUAUUCUGAGUGUGUCUUUGUAUGUGGUGACGGCUGAUUCUUGUGAAAUGCUGUAAAACAAACAAAACAAAUCAGAUGUUUAAUCAGAUGAUUUAGAUUAACAUGAUUUUUGUUUGUCGUGUGUGCAUCGUUUGAAAAAGAACUAUUAAAAGUCUUGAUAAAUUCA